AUGAGCAUGACACAUAUGACUAUGAACUUUCCUAAGAAUAUUUUCUCAGAGGCCAACCACAAAGCAAUCGGCAGCACAAUCAGGCCUCAGCGGUCACCCGAACCCAAGCGCCACACGAUGGAAGGAAUUUUUUUUUCCAUCUGCCCUUAUCGAAUAAGAAGCAAACCGUACAAGGCCAUUGUGUUUCCUGGAAGUUCAAUUGCCAAAGGACUUUCCAAAGUCGGGAACAAAGCGGUGAAGACAACUCCCCGUGCGGGGUUCCAGGCAGGCGCUCGGUUUGCGUCAUCGACAUCACAACUUCAUCAUUCAUCAAAUCAACUUAUCACCCAGCUCGGAUUAUCUAGACUUCAUCAUCAGAACAAGUCACAGAGCAACUCAUCAACACGAAACCAAACUUCAAAUAAUUCCAACCACAAUCCCGCCGACAUGCCUACAGAAGGAGUCUACUACACCCCCAACGGCAAAAAAACCGUCAUCCCCCUCGAAAACAACCCCGACGUCUUCACCUCCCUCAUCCACGACCUCGGCAUCUCUCCCGAACUAGGCUUCUUCGACGUGUACAGCUUCGACGAGCCCUCCCUCCUCUCCCUCGUGCCCCGCCCCGCGCUCGCUCUCAUCUUCAUCUCCCCGGCGCCAAUGUACUACGCCGUCCGUUCCGCCGACGGCACGAAGCUCGCCAAGGAAGACGGGGUUACGUAUGCUGGGUCCGGGUCGGAGGAGCCUGUGAUUUGGUUUCGGCAGACGAUUGGGAAUGCGUGUGGGUUGUAUGCACUCAUUCACGCUGUGGGUAACGGGCCCGCGAGGGAGUUUGUGCAGGAGGGUUCGUUGAUUGAGAGUCUGCUCAAAGAGGCGGAGCCGUUAAAGUGGGAGGAGCGGGCUGAUGUGUUGUAUAACAGCCUACCGCUGGAAGAGGCGCAUAUGAAGGCUGCGAGGAGGGGGGAUACGGCGGCGCCGCCUGCGGAGGAGAAGCCUGGGUAUCAUUUUAUUGCGUUUGUGAAAGGGAAGGAUGGGCAUUUGUGGGAGUUGGAGGGCGGGUCGGAUGGGCCUGUUGAUCGGGGGUUGUUGGAGGAGGGGGAGGAUAUGUUGAGUGAGGGCGACGCAAAGAGAUUGCCCAAUGUGGCAUCUAAUAUUGGUGUACUCACCUUGCUCACCGAACUCACCAGUCCGGCUCUAGGUGUGGAAGAUACACCGAGCCAACGGCCCCGCCCGUCCAAUCAGCACGCGGCGCUGCUCCAACCAUCGAAAGAGCUAGAAGGGCGAGCUUGGGCUGUUUUCUUUCCCGCCUUUGCUGCCUUUGACUGCCUCACCCCACGACGAGAAUUCCAAGUUCUCUUUCUCUCCAAUUCCCACACCACAAAUCUACCAGAUACCCUGACAACACUCAUCCGCACAUUUCCUCAGACACACACAUACACACACAUUACCAUGGCUUCCGCAGACGAGCUCAAGGCUCUCGGCAACAAGGCCAUUGCCGAGAAGAACUUUGACGAGGCUGUCGCCAAGUUCACCGAGGCUAUUGAGAUUCAGCCCGACAACCACAUCCUCUACAGCAAUCGCUCCGCAGCCUAUGCCUCCAAGAAGGACUGGCAAAACGCCCUGAACGAUGCCAAGAAGACUACCGAGAUCAAGCCCGACUGGCCCAAGGGAUGGGGACGUCUGGGAACAGCGCAGUACGGUCUGGGUGACCUCCUCGCCGCCAACGAUGCGUACGAGGAGGGCCUCAAGGUCGACCCUAACAAUGCCGGUCUGAAGAAGGAUCUCGCUGCCGUCCAGAAGGCGAUGAAGUCCGAGGCUGGUGGUGACGCUGGUGACCCGAUGGGUGGCCUCGGCAACAUGUUCAACGACCCCCAGCUCGUCCAGAAGCUCGCCGCGAACCCCAAGACGGCCGGUUUCCUCGCCGACCCCGCCUUUAUGGCCAAGCUCCAGCAGAUGAAGGCGAACCCCUCGGCUUCACCCGAUCUGUUCAGCGACCCCCGCAUGCUGCAGGUCCUUGGUGUCCUGAUGGGCGUCGACAUGCAGAUGGGUAUGCCCGACAACAUGCCCGAGGACGCCGAGAUGCGCGAUGCUCCUCCCCCUCCCCAGUCGAAGCCUGCCGCGCCCAAGAAGGCCCCCACUCCCGAGCCUGAGCCCGAACCCGAAGAAGAGGACGAGGAGGCUAUCGAGAAGAAGAAGGCCAAGGAGGCCGCUGACAAGGAGAAGGCCCUCGGUACCGAGAACUACAAGAAGCGCAACUUUGACGAGGCUAUUGCACACUACACCAAGGCGUGGGAGCUGCACAAGGACAUCACCUACCUCAACAACCUGGGUGCCGCGUACUACGAGAAGGGCGACUUUGACAAGGCCAUCGAGACCUGCUCAAAGGCCGUCGAGGAGGGUCGCGAGAUCUAUGCCGACUUUAAGCUGAUCGCCAAGAGCUACGCCCGUAUCGGUACCGCCUACGAGAAGCAGGGCAACCUUGACCUUGCCAUCGAGAACUACAAGAAGUCGCUGACUGAGCACCGCACCCCCGACGUGAACGCCAAGCUCCGCGCGGCAGAGCGCAACAAGAUCGAGACUGCUCGCAGUGCCUACAUCGACCCUGCCAAGGCAGAGGAGGCGCGUGAGGAGGGUAACAAGAAGUUCAAGGAGAGCGACUGGCCUGGCGCCGUGGCGUCGUACACUGAGAUGACGAAGCGUGCGCCCAACGACCCCAGAGGAUACAGCAACCGCGCGGCGGCCUUUAUCAAGCUGCUCGAGUUCCCCAGCGCCGUCGAGGACUGCAACACGGCCAUCAAGAAGGACCCGACCUUCAUCCGCGGCUACAUCCGCAAGGUGCAGGCCUUCCACGGCAUGCGCGAGUACUCCAAGGCGGUGGAUGCCUGCAGUGAGGCGUCCAAGGUUGACCUGGAGCACCACAAGGGCGCCAACGCGCGCGAGAUUGAGCAGACGCAGCAAAAGGCCCUCAACGCCAUGUACUCCGCGCGGGAGAACGAGACGGAGGACCAGACGCGGGAGCGUUUGGCAAAGGAUCCCGAGAUCAUGAGCAUCAUGAACGACCCCAUCAUGCAGUCUAUCCUCCAGCAGGCACAGUCGGAUCCCGCUGCUUUGAACGAGCACAUGAAGAACCCCGAGAUCAGAGCCAAGGUGCAGAAGCUCGUAGCGGCGGGAGUUAUCCGCGUCGGCCGUGGUUGCAAUGUGACCCCAACAACAGAGAUAUUCCACGUGAGUGCCCUCGGAUGUCUUGGAGCUGGUGUGCCAAGUGAGGCCGUAAAUGUCGACCCGUGUAAGUGUCACCCGUUGAUGAGAAUUGUCAUUCGAAAAGACAUGAGUCGGUGCCUUGGCUCGUCCCAUAUUAGAAGUGCACUAUUUGAUACUUUCAUGAUUUCACCACCCACAAUCAUGGACUCACCCAUGAAAGAAGCAUACGUCCAACUCAUCGAAGUCAUCGCAAAAGACACCACAGACCCAGCCGCAACAGAAACCCACGUCCGCCAACUCAUCGCAUCCCUCCCCUCCGUCCUCCGCGCCCGCGACGACGACCAGCGAACAGCCCUCCACCACGCCGCCCGCCUAGGCCGCACCGCCCUCCUCGUCGCCAUCCUCGAAGCCAACCCCGACUCCGACGUCGACGUCCGCGAUGUAGAUCGCUGUACGCCUUUACAUCUUGCCGCGCGUAACGGGCAUGAAGGGUGUGUUGCGGCGUUGGUGUGCGAGGCGGGAGCGGACGUGAGAGCCGAGGAGAGUUUUCUGGAGACGCCGCUUCAUGAGGCGAGUCGGGGCGGGUAUGCGCGGAUCGUGACGCUGUUAAUUGAGAAUGGGGCGGUUGUCGAUGCGCCGAAUCGAGAUUUGGGGACGAGUUUGCAUAUUGCUGCGAGGAGGGGGAAUGAGGAUGUCAUUAGGGUUUUGCUUGAGGCUGGUGCAAAUCCGGGUACGAGAGAUGCUGUUGGGGAUACGCCGCUUCAUGAUGCUGCUAGGGGUGGGCACGAGGGUGUGGUGAUGAUGUUGUUGGGGACGGGGUCCGUUUCUAUUGAGGCGCAGAACGCGAAUGAUUUUACGCCGUUGAGCGUUGCUGCGCGCCAUGGGCGGGAGGCGAUUGUGAGGAUGCUGGUGGAGCAGGGUGCGGACGUCGAUACCAUGAGCAACGAGUACUGCACGCCCCUUCACCAAGCUGCUUCCGAAGGCCACGAUGGCGUCGUUCGUAUCCUCAUCGCCGCGGGCGCGGAUGUCGAUUUGCAGGAUAAAGACGACCAGACUCCCCUCCACGCGGGCGUCAUGUUCGAGCACGAGGCUGUCGUCGCCUCGCUGCUCGCCGCGGACGCGGAUGUGGAUGUCCGGGAUACGGAGGACUGUACGCCACUGCACCACGCCGUGAAGAACGAGAACAAGAGGCUCGUGAGGGAUCUAUUGGAGGCUGGGGCGGAUCCGACUGUGAUUUCGUCGACGGGGGAGACGCCGCAGAGUUUGGCCAAGUUGCUGAACCGCAACUCGAUUGCGGAUUUGUUCAACUCGCCGCAGGUCGUGCCGAAGCAGAACGUCGGACUCGAUGUCUUUGGUGUUUUUGCGGCGGCCGGUGUUGGGAUGGGUGGAGGUAGUGGUGGCGGGAGAGUGAAGAAGACGCGCCCGCCGUCGAGACCGAAUCAGGAGGCGGAGAUGGAGGCGUGUAAGCACUUUAAGGGGUUGUUCUGGUGUCCUUCUUCGGAAUGCAGUUUCGAGAGUCUGAGUGUGUGGGAUUUGCUGUAUGAUUCCGAGACGGAGGUUAAGUUGUGUCCGAGGCCGCCUCCGCCCCCGAUGACGCCGCCGAUGCCUGUGGCGUUGCCGGCGCUGUCUCCACACUCGGCCGAGACGCCGGUCCGGAGCCCCGUCGGAUCACCCACACGAAGCCCCGCGCGGUCGAGAGCGCAUUCGAGAGCACAGAGUCCCGCGGGGAGUCCGAGGCUCUCGCCUCUUCAGACGCCGUCUCACUCGCCGCCGCAUUCGCCUCUGUUUCAACCUCCUGGGAGCCCUGGGUUGAAGAUGAAGGAGAUGAGGAAGCACGUCAGCCAGCAGCGCCGCAAGAGUUCGCAUACGACCGGUGGUGGUGGUGAUGGUAGUAGCGGCGGUACUGCACGCAUCACUAACAGCCACAAGGAAGGCCACAGGCCUAUCAAGCGGUGGUUCCAUCUUCCUGCCAACAACGUCGCGUGGGUGAUGGACCUCGUGCAGCGGAUUUGCGCCGUGGACGGGCGGCCGGAUGCCGAGUGUAACCGGAUGAUUGCGUUCAUCGAGGAGACGUUUCAGGAGAUUCGGAUCAGUGCGCCCUACCGGAAGCCGCAUUUUCGGAUGGAGGCUGCUACGGCUGCUGCUGCUGCCGGUGCGGCGACGGAUGGGAGUGGUGGGACUGGGAUGCCGGAGGUGAGUCUCGGGCCGGAGGUGACGGGAGGAACAUCGCCGACCGGACCGGCAGCAGCAGCGGCGCCGCCGAGGUCGCAAAUGUUCUCUUUGGUACUCCCCGUCAUCGACGUCGAUAUCGACGAGGGCACGAAGAGGAGUCUCCAGGACGUACACAUCGGGGAUGAAGCCAAGGUCUUUCGCCCGAUGGAACUGAUCGGCGGCGGCGCGGCAGCCGUCCCGACAGCAGCAGCAGGCAACGAUAGAAGAGCGCCACCGGUCCAGAGGCCGCACCCUCUCAGCGCGAUGCCGACGAAUCUGCAGCACUACCUCUUCCCCCAUCUAGCGCACUUUGACGCCAUGGCCAAGAUGCGCGCGACGUUUACGAAGUCUGAGCUGCAUGUCCCGAGAUCGCUGGAUCAGUCGUACCACGAGAGUCUCAGCGCGAGCGAUCUUGCGCUGCGAAACGAAAGCCAGGUGCUAUUCCGCUAUCUUCGGCGCGUCGAGGGCCGACUGGCUGCUUCCGCUGCCUCCGCCGCAGGCACGACGCCAACGGGAACCACAGCAGCCGGGUCGUCGACUGCAGGUGACACGAUUGCAGAGGACGUACUAGGGAAGCAACCUCUGACCGAAGACGGCAUCGCGUCGACGAGGGUGCAUCAGCAGCAGCAAAAGACGCAACAUCAACAAAACCCGUUUGAUCGGCAUGCGCAGAGGGCGUAUUCGAGGCAGAGCAGCUCCAAGCAGAAGAAGACGGACGGGACCAAGGCGGAGCUGGGGAGGAUGGCGGGGAGGCAGGAUCAGGCGAGUAGUGUGCAGGCCAAGAUUUCGCGGGAGAAGAGGAGGAUGGACACGGAGAGGAGGAAGCAGAUUUUGGUUGUUGCGCAGCUUUGGAUUUGGAGGAUUGAUGAGCACACCAUCAUCACCGCGUUCCCUGAUCGUUGGGAUAACAAGAACGCCAAAACAUUAUUGAACCAGAUCAAGCACCGCGUGCUGGGAACCAGGGACAUGCGAUCUGAGAACACGGACAUGAUGCGUGUUGUGGAGAGUAUCCUGGAGAGCGCGGUGGAAUACAGUGAGGAGGAAUUUCACUUCCAAUUCGAAGGGCCGCGUAGUUACUGUAACAUCUUUGCGGCCUCCAUUGCUCACGUUCUGACUUUGAUACCAAAAAACCAGUCCAACGAAGCAAUGAAGCGCUACGCCAACUUCAAAGCCUCCAUCAGCAAAAUGGGCACCUCAAAGACGGUCCUCGACGACCUUCGCGCCGAGAUUGAGCUCCUGCAGGAGAUUGAUGACGUCCGGGAGGAGAUCAACAUGAUCAAGCGGGUUCUCCGGUCGCAGGAGCGGGUCUUUGACGGAUUCCGUGAGGCGGAGGCGGAGCGGAUUGGGAGUUUAUGCGGCGGAGUCGGAGCCGGGGAGAAGCAGGGUGGUGUUGUAAAGCCGUAUAAGCACCCGACGCUGGACUUCUUCAAGAGGUUGGAGGAGGAUGCGAAUCGGGUUCGGGAUUCGGUGAGUACUGGAUUCCGCGUGAAGAUUACAACUUUGCUAGAUUUGAGACAGAGAGAGGCGAAUAUCGAGGAGGCGCUGUCUGCGAGCGAGCAGUCGAAAAUUCUCUUCAUCUUUACCGGGGCGACGGUCGUCUUUGCUCCAUUGUCUUGGGCAACAGGCAUCUUCGACAUCUCCAUCGAAGGCGUUCCAUCGCCGAUCAGUCCCGGAACUCUCAUUCUGACAUGUGUGCUAAGUCUAGUCGCCACCCUCCUCCUCAUCGCCCUCUCCCUCCAGAUCUACGAAUUCGUCACCACAGGCAAAGCGAAGCAGCUCUACCGACGCGUCUCCAACUUCUUCGAGGUCCGCAAGCUGGAGAAGCUGGCAGCCGCGAACCAGAGCAAGUCGCCGCCCUCGUCGCUCGGCGCGUCGACGCAGCUGAGCAGGCUGAGGAGGUCGUCUCUCUCGCAACCUGUCGCUAGCACGACGGCCAACGAGAAGAAGAAGAUGCAGAGUGUGAGGAGGCGGCUUGCUGCGUUGAGAACGAGGGGCAGGGGGUUAGGGCGGGAUCGGGAUGAGGAGAGGGAGGUUACUGGGAAGCAGGUUUGA